UCACCACCUUUUUCACCAACUCCUCUCCCGUUUUCUUGCCCUUCUUCUUCCUUUGCAUUUACUUCUGAUUUGUAGGUUCGUUUUUUCCGAUUCCCUUGAGUAAUCAAGCUUUUUGUUUAUUUGUUUUACUUUCUGGGUUUUCCAUCCUGUUUCAUUGCUUGCUUAUAUUCUAUAUGUAUAUAUUCUUCAAUAGCCAUGGUUAUUUGAGUUGGAAUUCUGAAUGCACUGGAACACUUUUUUUUCUCUUAAAAAAAAACUCAGAGACCAGAGAAGGUAUCAAAUCCUACCGAGGAAAGGCGAUUAUCUGUUGAUUUCAAUUUCAAAAUAUCUAUUUUUCUUAUACUCUCUGUGUGUGUGGUACAUGGAACUAAGUAUAUGGUUUCGUUUUUUCGGGAGAAAGAUGAAUUGGUGGUGUUGAUGUUAUUAGUUUAAUAUUCAAUAAUACAUUGAAUCAGGUGAAAACUCUAAUUCUUAUUCAAAGCCACGUAAUAAGGACUAACGAAUAAAUUAUUUUUGUUGAAUACGGAACUAUCUAUCUUUUUACAAUUCAGUCCCCGGUCUCUGAUCAGAUUAUGAAUCUCUCAUGUUUUAGUAGAUUUGAGAUUGUGACGCUUUUGUUUAUUCAGAAAAAGACAAUUAAGUCCGAGCGGCCUGUUUGUCCCUUUUAGUGUAUAUUAAUCUAUCUGCUUUUGUGUUUUGAUGCAACAUUGAAUUUGAAACUGAAACUUAGUUGGCAUUCAUUUUGUAGGCAAAAAGCAAACCAAUCUUUUUCCCCCCAGUGGAUCCCACCAGCACUACAACCAUGAUUGUGAAUGUGAAAGAAUCAACAAUGGUAAGGCCGGCGGGGGAGACUCCCCGGCGGAGCCUCUGGAACGCCAACGUGGACUUGGUGGUACCAAGGUUCCACACCCCUAGCGUUUACUUCUACAGGCCGAACGGAGCGGCCAAUUUCUUCGAUCCGCAGGUGAUGAAGGAGGCGUUGAGCAAGGCCCUGGUGCCAUUUUACCCCAUGGCGGGGCGGCUGAAGAGGGACGAGGAUGGAAGGAUCGAGAUCGAUUGCAAUGGCGAAGGGGUGCUCUUUGUUGAGGCUGAAACUAAUUCUGUUAUUGACGAUUUUGGUGAUUUUGCACCCACCUUGGAGCUCAGGCAGCUCAUCCCAACCGUUGAUUAUUCCGGUGGCAUCUCCACGUAUCCACUCUUGGUUUUGCAGGUCACAUAUUUCAAAUGUGGUGGAGCAUCACUAGGUGUUGGCAUGCAACAUCAUGCAGCAGAUGGAUAUUCUGGUCUUCACUUCAUCAACACAUGGUCUGAUAUGGCUCGUGGUCUUGACCUUACAAUUCCACCAUUCAUUGAUCGGACCCUUCUUCGUGCCCGGGACCCCCCACAACCUGUGUUUCACCACAUCGAAUAUCAACCACCACCGGCAAUGAAGAUUCCACCCGUGUCCACCGGUUCUGAAAGCACAGAAGUCUCCAUUUUCAAAUUGACUCGGGAUCAACUCAAUGCACUCAAAGCAAAGUGCAAGGAAGAUGGUAACGAUGUUAACUAUAGUUCAUACGAGAUGUUGUCAGGUCAUGUGUGGAGAUCAGUCUGCAAGGCACGUGGACUUGAAGAUGAUCAAGGGACUAAACUGUACAUUGCCACUGAUGGAAGGGCAAGGUUGCGCCCCCCACUCCCACCUGGUUACUUUGGGAAUGUGAUCUUCACUGCUACCCCAAUAGCAGUGGCAGGGGAUCUACUGUCAAAGCCAACAUGGUACGCUGCGAGCCGUAUUCAUGAUGCAUUGGUUCGGAUGGAUGAUGAAUAUCUAAGGUCAGCCCUUGAUUACCUGGAACUUCAGCCAGAUUUGUCUGCACUUGUACGUGGUGCUCAUACUUUCAGGUGUCCGAACCUUGGGAUUACUAGCUGGGUUAGGCUACCAAUCCAUGAUGCAGAUUUCGGGUGGGGCAGGCCCAUAUUUAUGGGCCCUGGUGGAAUUCCUUAUGAAGGGUUAUCUUUCGUAUUACCAAGUCCAAACAAUGAUGGGAGCUUAUCAGUUGCCAUCUCCUUGCAAACCGAACACAUGAAAGUGUUUGAGAAGCUCUUUUAUGACAUUUAAAGGAAGAGGAAACCUCGUAUACAGUCCAUGUAGUCUUUAAACGUUCCUUUUUCCCAAUUUUUUUAAUACUUGUUUAUGUUAUAAAGUCUCACAUUCACUUGAAAUGUACCUCAAAUUCAGACUUCACUGGUCACAAGCCAUAUGCUUGUGCAUAGAAAAAAGAAAAACUUUGGACAAGUUGUAUUACUAAUUUCGGUUCAAUAUCGAUGUUGUUGAAUAUUGUGACAACGUUAGCUCACAAGAGGAGGGGAGAAAAUUGGAAAUAACUAACAUCUAUAUGAUGUAUCCUUUUAGUUA